UAAAUAUCUGUGAGCCUCAAAUAUCAAUGGGGGACUUCAUUCGUUUUGGUUAUGACAUCACGGACGAUGGAGACGACUUUGGAGGUGAUAAUUUGGACGAAGUGAGAGCAGCCGCCAAGUGGGAAACAGUCUCCCGAAACGCCACUGUUUUCAUUAUCGAUGUCACCGACAAGUCAAUUUUCCACUCUUUUCAGGACCCGGACGCAGAGGAUUCAAAAACGAGUUUGAUAGAAAUUGCACUGACUUGUGUGAGCAACUUCAUCAAAAGCAAAAUCAUUUGCUCUGACCGGGAUUUGAUCGCGUGUCAAUUGAUCGGAACUGCACAGUCCCAGUCGUCCGAAACCGAUUUUAAACACGUUCACACAUUGUUGCCAUUAGAACUACCAGGUGCCAAAAGUGUAAUUGCAGUGGAGAAAGUAAAGUCCAAUUUUGACGCUUCUAAAUUGGGUUUUGGUCACGAAGCUUCCUUUGCGGAUGCGUUUUGGGUGACUCAGAAUAUGUUUUCACGCGUGACCUCAACCCUUUCAACGAAACAGGUGUUCUUGUUUACGAUGAACGAAGACCCUCAGUCCUCCAACCAACAUGCAAGGAAAGCUACUCAGCAGAAGAUUUUGGACUUGGCUAACAACUCAAUUGAAGUUGAAGUUCUUGGAUUGGCUCCUCCCGACGGUUUCUUCGACAUGACAGUGUUCUGGGAGAGUGCUCUGCCGCAGUUGAGGGACAAAACAGCCUCUAUCGCAGACCCCACAGUGAAGAUCAAAGAGCUACUCUACAGAGUGACAACCAAGGAAUACACAUCAAGAGCACUCUCGUCUCUCAAAAUGGACCUGUUCGGAAAGCAGUUCGGAGUCAAAGUCUUCAGUUUCGUCAACAUCGCCAGUAAGCCGGCAGGAGUGAAGCUGGACAAAGACACGAACAAGGAAGUGUUCUCCCGCACGGAGACCGUCUCCAGUGAGACAGGGGAGGUGCUGAUGCCUGAUGAGGUAAGAUUCGCCCAGACUUUCGGAGGGGAGAACAUUUUCCUGGGCAAGACGGAACGGGACAGUAUGAAGUACUUGGCUCCUUCUGGUCUGACAGUGAUGGGAUUCCGAUCCACCAAACAACUGGACUUCACCAACUUUCUAAGACCAUCCCACUUUAUUUACCCGGAUGAGAGUGCGGUGAAAGGAUCCCUGGUGCUGUUCCAGGCACUCCUGAACAGUUGUCUCUCUCAAGAUGUGUUUGCAGUAUGCCAGAUAGUGACCAAGCAGGGAUCCUAUCCCCGACUCGCGGCUCUCUGUCCGCAAAAAGAGAUCCUACAGCCGGACACUGGCAUUCAAAUCAAACCACCAGGGUUCCACGUGAUCUACAUUCCCUUUGCAGAAGAUGUGCGUGACGUGUCUCUCAAAGUCAAUGAAAGACGUGAAUGUGCCAAUGAGGAGCAAGUGGAAGCAGCACAGGCAGUCGUCAACAAACUCAGAUUCAACUUUGACCCAGAGAACUUCCGCAACCCGCAGUUGUCCCGCUUCUACGCCUACAUAGAGGCCAUUGCUCUGGAGAAGGAGGCGGUGGAGGAACCGGAGGACACCAUCAAUCCCUCCCCCCAAACAAUUGAUUCCAGACUAGGUCAGGUGGGGUUAGAGUUCGUGAGGUGCUUUGGGCUGCAGCCAGGAAGUGGCGGAGGACAGGGGGCGAAGACGACUGGCGCUAAACGCAAAGUUCAUUCAAACUUGUCCCGCUUCUACGCCUACAUAGAGGCCAUUGCUCUGGAGAAGGAGGCGGUGGAGGAACCGGAGGACACCAUCAAUCCCUCCCCCCAAACAAUUGAUUCCAGACUAGGUCAGGUGGGGUUAGAGUUCGUGAGGUGCUUUGGGCUGCAGCCAGGAAGUGGCGGAGGACAGGGGGCGAAGACGACUGGCGCUAAACGCAAAGCCGACACUUCUACAGCAGGGUCGUCCAAUGCGUCUAAGAAGGCGAGUGUUAAUGUAAAUCCGAUCGAAAUGAGACAGGCGGCUGUGGAGAAGAAACUGGGCAAGUACACCGUGGCUGUGCUGAAGGAGGCGUGUGAGUUGUACCAGCUGCCCACUGAAGGACGCAAACAGAACCUCAUUGAUAAUUUGCAACACUUCUUCAAAGCCAACUGAUACUCAUUUUAAUACAAGUAUGAUAUUUGGAACCACGCAAAAAGAACGAAAGACGGGUCCUCCAAUUUUUGAAAAAACUGCCUAAAAAUUUUCACCGAUACCGCAGUUUGUCGACACGGUAACAGAUAGGCUUUGUGAUGAACGCUUGAUGAAGAAUUGAGAAUUGAGCAUUUCAGGGACGCAGUUAUAAGUUAGUGACCAAGUAUCAUACUGUAUGCUGUUCGUGCGUUUGAUGACCAUGCAAGUCCGUUGUUGUUUCAUCUGGUGCUAUGGCUUCAUGCUCUUUUGAAUGAAUCUGGGAUUUAUUGUGAACUGCAAAGAUCCGAUCAGCUUGAUUUUGCAUUUGAUACUUGAUAUUGAACAUUGUUUAUUUUGAAAACUAGGAAGAAGUUGCAUUUCUUUUCGCCAAAUUUUGUUUCCUGCUGCUUAAUUGAAAUUAUUUUCUUGUA